CCUGAUGGACGGCCCACCUGAUGGACGGAAUUGCUCGAUGCCUCCUCUCGCGAGUUCCAUGGGACGGGUAUAUGUAAGGGAGAUGGUUGGACUUUCGGAUCAUAUCCAUUUGUGGCGGUCUCUGAAACCAGUGAUUCUCAAGGAUAGGAACAAAGUUGAAACAUGGGGAAGAGGAAGUCACGUGCAAAGCCGCCUCCAAAGAAGCGGAUGGACAAGCUUGAUACUGUCUUUAGUUGCCCCUUCUGCAACCAUGGAACAAGUGUUGAGUGUCGCAUUGAUAUGAAGAAUUUGAUCGGUGAAGCCACUUGCAGGAUUUGCCAAGAGAGUUUCAGCACAGCGAUCACUGCUUUAUCUGAACCCAUAGAUGUGUACAGUGAAUGGAUUGAUGAAUGCGAGCGUGUCAACAACGUUGAAGAUGAGGCUGCCUAAGCUUCUACUGGGACGCAUGUUACCGUCAGUCUUCAGGGUUGGAGGAAAAUGGCAGCCUGGUCAUUUCUCUUUGCUCAUUUUCUCAUUGACCUAGAUGAUGAAGCUAUACCGGGAGUCCAAUAUCUUUAUGUAUGGAAAUGGUGUCUAAGUACCGUGUAAGCUAAGUUGGUCUCCGAUAAUAUUUCUGUUGCAAAGUUGCCACCUGGUGCACUUGAUUUCUAUCAUCACAUAUUAUUCACUUGCCAAAAAUGUUUUCGAGUUUCAGACUAGGCCCUUGGUGCAUUUAAAUGGGUUAUCCAACCUCACCAUUUAAUUGA